AUGCCAUCAUUUAAGGAGCAUGGGUUUGUCUUUCAUGACGCUUGCUGGUCUCUUCUGAAAGAGGUCUACCACGAUGAACCAGUGCCUUUGGAACGCCUGGUGGAAGUGUGCAGGGCGGUGCCAUUUCCGCACGGAGCAGCCGAGUUUAUGAACUGGAGGCACGGUUACGGAGGGUUGGUUCGUCUCAAUAGGCAAAGUUACUAUCCAUGGGAAGGGACGUCGGCAGAGUGCGAUGACGAGGCAACAGCACGCCUGCAUGCAGCAGAGAACCCGUGUGAUGAAGAAGAGGUUCAACAGUUGUUGAAAGAACAGCGACAGUAUCCACCAAGUGAGACGCUGAUCGGUCAACGCAGAGUCUCAGACGAGAAAGAUUGCUUCAUGAGGAUCCCAUUCGAUGUUUUGGACGAAAUAGCCGCCUACCUAGCAACCGCAGACGUUCUACGACUCCGUCAAGCUUCGAGGGCUUUUGUCCCCAUCUUUUCUAGUCAAUCUUUCUGGGCCUCCCAAUUUGAAGUCAACGGCGAACAGGGGUUCCUUUUCGAGGCGCGGAGGAACAAGGAGUCGCGAGACUGGCGAUGGCUGUACCACCGCACGAAUGACGCACAUGGCUCUCCUGGACUGCAGAACAGAAAAAGGAUUUGGUGUUUGAACAAGUCCCUGAAGGAUAUACUAAGCAUGCGUUGGAUGGAUUCAUCCACCAUUCGUCGAGAGGACCUGGACGGAGCCGAGUGGAGAUGGAAGGAGGUACAUGGCGAUCUGCAGCACGACCGAUUUCCGGGUAGAUUCCACGACGGUUGUCGCCUCUCGCGCAAGCAAUGUACUCGUGUUCCUGAUGUUCUUUCUCGCAUUGCUGUCUCCACCAUUCGGGACGGAGAUGAGACCUAUAUUGUGGGCAUGCGGCUUAUCUCGACGGACGGGGCAGAUAUAUAUCUAGGCUAUACGACCGAGGACAGAGAGCUCUCUGUAGACGUUACCGUUUUCAGAGGAUUCGUCGUAGCCAUUGGGUCAAGAGGCAUCAACGGGUUGCAGGUUGUUAUGGACCAGGGAUCCAUAUCACGAUGGCUUGGCUGUCCCGACGAUUCGCCAAAGACACGCCGUCUUGUGGUUGCAGGAUCCAUCGCCGCGUUGGAGGCUGGAUUUGAUGCAUACAAGAUGAUCACUCUAGCCGUUGCCGAAAACCCAUCCGUUUGCAAUGCAACAUCAACGGAACCAAGCGAUCCACUACGUGACACCGCAUUAUGGUAUCCCGAUAUCCCUCCCCCAGGCGUGUUCUUGAAUGGCGAGGACUUUCUCAGCGAAUACCCACACUACGACGAGGAAUAUCAGCCACUGGUGUGGACACUAUUCGGCGGUCUGGAUGGUAUCUAUCUUCGAUCCUUGACAGGGAUCUCUAUCGUCUUCCAGCGCUUUGUGCGCGCAAUUGAGUUUCAUUAUAACACCGAUGAUAUCCCCACAGAAUGCCGCAAGAUGGGCCGUUACAGGCCCAGUGUGCAGGACAAAGUUACGUACUUUCCCAUUGAUGGACCUGGUGGGGAGGUCAUUGAGGCUGUUGAACUAUAUGUGAGAGCUACGCCUAGCAAUGUCAAAAGUCCAGGUUAUGCCUAUGGAGUGACGAGACUAUUCAAGCUUUUCACAAAUCACGGGCGAUCCCUUCAUAUCCAAGCAGAAAGAAUGCCGGAAAUAGUCAGGACAAAAACAUUAAGAGCCGCUCCAGGAACUACUAUUACUGGGUUCUAUGCCGUCCAUGGAGUAGACCAAGUACAUACAGCACAUGAAUGA